AUGACUCUAGUCUUCUCUGUGCUUUGUUUCUCGAUUGCCUUUGCACCGUCGUUGGCUAUUUUUAUCAAACUUGUUACACAUGAUGCUUUACGAGUAAUAUUGUUCUUCCUAGGGUGAGUUUUUUAUGUGUUCUUGAGUUAAACAGGAUCGUGAAGAUGUAUUUGACAUGAUAAGAACAUUUACGUUCAUCUGAGGAGCCCUGUGACGCUUUUAUGAAAAUUGUUUAUGUUACACUGGAUGCCUAAUUGAAAAAUCUUCUCGUUGCAGCUCAUUUUUCUGGUUAUUAUCAAUUCUGCUGUCCGGUGCUAUUGCCUUCGUCCUUCCAAGCAUAGUUCCAGCUGUUUUUCUCUCCGCAUUAAUUCAGGAGUCCGCCAGGGCCGGCUAUUUUCUCCUUCUUCAUCGAGCUCAGCGGUCUCUGGCAGAGGUUGCAACUGGCCGCUUCUCUAGUCUGAAGACCUCUCUGGCCCACCGGCAUGUCCUGGCGGUGGUUUGUGGACUGGGGUUCGGCGUUACGGCCGCCCUGUUUUUGUUGGUCAACGUUUUGGCAGAUUAUUCUGGACAUGGAGUUGUUGGACUGCCGGCUAGUGUUCCUGAGGUAAUAUUUUCUCACUGUUUUUUGUUUCUGAUUUUAGAUUAUGAGUUAAAGAAGGGUAUGAGACAGUUUUUUGCCCUUUAAGCGGGCUAUUUUGGACGACAACCAACAAUUUUUUCAUCUGUAGUCUAAAACGACAUUAUCGUCAAUAUUUAUCUAUUUUGCAAUUUCAACACCUGAAGUUUAUAUUUUCAGAUAGCCAAGAACCUACCAAUCAAGUUGACGAAUGAGGACGCUGGGUUUCCGCUGAGUUACUCUCUCAGCAACUCGAUUCUUGUCCUAGACCAUAUCGCCUGGAAUAUUGUUCUUUGGGAUGCUUGCCACAACCGAGCCAAUCGUCUUAGCCGGAACUGGAUGGUCGGUGCAGCUUGUCCAGUCAUUCUUCACCUCAUCAACAAUGCUAUUUCACUGGCGCCGGACCAUCUUCGGGUCUUCAUCAUCCUGUCUCAAGCUCUGGUUCUUCUCCUCAGCAGUGCCCACGCUUACUUGGUGGUGAAAAAACCUGUCCAGUUUCGCGGUUUGGCUACCUUCCUUGGUGUCGCUGUUGCACCCGAAAUGCAUUCGGAUUGA